UUAAACAUAAUUUUUUAUGAUCAAAAGGAUUUUUUUUUAAGAUUCAAAUCGAGUAAGAAAAGGAUGAGAAAAGUGAGUCUUUUUCUUAAAACCGAGGAAAAUGAGGAAAGCGAGGAAAAUGUUUCUAAACGAGUGAGGCAAAGUGAGAACUAUAAACCACUCCCACGCUUGUUAUAAUUUCCCAUUCAACAAUGUAACUGUUAUACGGAGCACGUUGUAUUGUACAUUUAUUGAGUGAAAAUCAUAACAUUGAUGCAAUAUUACUGUUACUUGAAGUUUAUAUCCGAGCACCUGAGGAGAAAUGUGUUUAUCCUUUAUUUAUGCAGAACCUCUCUCUCUCUUCCUCUUAAUUUUGUUAGUAGGGGAUGUGUUUUGCAAUAAAGCAGGCAAAUGCAAUUCUCUAUAUAACAGCGAGGAUGAUCAUUGGUGAAGAGGCGAACGAGGCGGCGAGACGUCUCUCACGGAAAUGUGACGUCGUCGCGAAACAUUUCGGGGUCCUGGUGACCCGAUCGAUCAGUCCUCAGGAAAUUACUUGUGGAUUCGCGUUCGCGAGUGGCUCACUUACGGAGAAAUUGCGGACUCCUUGAAACUUUUAAAUCGCCUUCACGUGCGCGCACGCAUACACACACACACACACGCGUGUCUCUUUAGGUGGCGCAAUACAGUCUGGUUGAACCUAACUUUUUCCUCAUCAGGAAGUAAGGGGCACGACGACGCCAAGUUCGGUUGAAAUAAGCGAAUUGAAUCGGCGAGUACAUUUCCGCGGAGAAACGGAGCUCGCAUUAAUAUUCGUUCCAGACGACGUUCCACCGCGCUUGUCGUUCACGAAUCGUGUCCCCCCUUCCCCCGAAACGCGCGAUGAGGGCGACCGCGAAAUGUCGUGCGGGACUCGUUGUCGAGCUCGCUCUCGAACGUUCUUUUGAAAGGAACGUCGCUCGUGAGUCGCACAAACGUUUCCCUGUGUUUCCUCGCACACUCAUCGGAUCGGUUCUCGCGUGUUUAAAAAAAAAGAAAAGAAAAAAAGAACCGAGAGACCGAAACUACCUCGAUAUCAGAGGGUCGAAUGGCGGAUUAUCAUAGAUGGCGGAUACACCGGUUAGAAGAGAAAGGAACGUGGCAAGAGCCGACUCACCGUUGAUUGACGAUGGCGAGGUUGCGCGCGAUGAUAAACGACUUGGCUUUGCAGAGGACAGUCCGGACGACAUGAACUCGAGCGGCGAGUCCAGCGGUACUAUGUCGGAGGACUACGAGGUGGGCGGCUGCGGUGUCCCGGAAGAGGAGACCGGCUCGAACCUGCCGACGUGGGAGGCGGCGGCGGCCUUGUUGACCUUGGGCUUCCUCGUGCUGGCGACGGUGUUCGGCAACGCGCUGGUGAUCCUGAGCGUCUUCACGUACCGGCCGCUCCGCAUCGUGCAGAACUUCUUCAUCGUCUCGCUGGCGGUGGCGGACCUCGCGGUGGCGCUCCUCGUGAUGCCGUUCAACGUAGCCUACCUCCUGCUGGGCAAAUGGAUCUUCGGCAUCCACCUGUGCAAGCUCUGGCUUACGUGCGACGUGCUCUGCUGCACCGCCAGCAUCCUGAAUCUGUGCGCGAUCGCGCUGGACCGCUAUUGGGCGAUCACCGAUCCCAUCAACUACGCGCAGAAGCGCACCCUGAAGCGCGUGCUGGCGACGAUCGCCGGCGUGUGGAUCCUCUCGGGCGCGAUCAGCUCGCCGCCGUUGGCCGGAUGGAACGACUGGCCGGAGGAACUGGAGCCGGGCACGCCGUGCCAGCUCACCAGGCGCCAGGGAUACGUCAUCUAUUCGUCCCUGGGUUCGUUCUUCAUACCGCUGCUGCUGAUGAGCCUGGUCUACCUGGAGAUCUUCCUGGCGACCCGUAGGAGACUGCGCGAGCGGGCGCGGCAGAGCAGACUCGGGCCGGUGCAGUCGACCAGGCAUCGCGAGACCGACGACGCCGAGGAGUCCGUGAGCUCGGAGACGAAUCACAACGAGCGCUCGACGCCGCGUCUGCAGGCGAAGCCGUCGCUGAUCGACGACGAGCCGACCGAGGUGACGAUAGGCGGCAACACCGGGGUCACCGCCGCCAGACGUGGCGGUAACGCCGGCGUCGCCGCCGCCACCUCGACCGUCUACCAGUUCAUCGAGGAGCGGCAGAGGAUCUCGCUGUCCAAAGAGAGGCGGGCCGCGAGGACCCUCGGCGUCAUCAUGGGCGUAUUCGUCGUCUGCUGGCUGCCGUUCUUCCUCAUGUACGUCAUCGUGCCGUUCUGCCCGGCGUGCUGUCCGUCGGACCGGAUGGUCUACUUCAUCACGUGGCUCGGUUACGUCAACAGCGCUCUCAAUCCCCUCAUCUACACGAUCUUCAACCUCGACUACAGAAGGGCGUUCAGGCGGCUGCUGCGGAUCCGCUGAGGGUCCACGGAGAGGGAGACAGAGCGACUACCGUUUCUCGGAGCUGCUCUUCCUCAACGCGAGGCUCCUCCGGCGCGGCUCGAGCGUAAGUGGUCGUUUCGACGUCGCGUCCUUCUCCUCGCCGAGCAGCGGGAGCGACAGCGGAAACAGCAGCAGCAAUAGCGGCAGCGACGGAGUCGAUCGCGAUCGGCUCUUUCUCCGCCCGGCUGGCACCGCCGCCCCCGUCGUAUCUUCUAUCCUACUCGCGGGAUCUCCCGGCGGGGGGAGGUUGUUAAAUAAGUUCUUCGUCCAGGGAAAAGCGCGUCGCGCUCGUCUUCGCUCGGCGCCCAAUGUGUCGCGCAAUUAACGGCAAUUCCGGCGCUUCCCCUCGCUUCCUCCGAUCGUUCUCGCUCGUUCUUUCCCGCGGCUCUCGUUGCCGUCCCUCAACGGCGGAGUCCUUAAUGCGGACGUGGCACGAAGACGACGGGUUACGGCGAGCCGAACGACGGCGGGAAACGGAGCGAAGGAGUGGCGGCGAGUAACUUCGGAUCUCGUAAAUUGGCGAAAUCUAUUAUCGUCUCAACGGCGAGAGUCACUGCCGCCGAUCUCGCGAGACACCGCUCUUUCUUUCUCUCUCUCUCUCUCUCUUUCGUCCGGUCCGCCGCGUCAAUAAUUUAUUUUCGACUGCGCGUUUUAAUUAAGAUAUCGCGAAGCCGCUUGAGGAGCGCGAGUAAUUACAUUUGUCCGACGGGCAACAACGCGCUCGUAAUUUCUUUCAUCGGAGAAAAAGUAGAGUAAUAACGCGCCGUUGCCGCGUUACGAGCGCACGAUUCUAUGGGCAAGUGUGCGCGCGUACUCGAUUGAGACAAGAUAAAUCUCCGGGUUUUGACGGAAGUAACAACAGAGGAGAAUUCCGGAUCCUCGUCCGCACGCCGGGAAAUUUUUUUCCGAAUUAACAGGAUCGCGACCCGCGCAAGGGGAGACGGUAAAAAAGGAGUGCGCGAAUUUGGAAUCACGCGAUUCCCCGCGAAACCAGUUUCCUCUCUGCGCACAGAAGGUCACGCGGUGGCUCCUAUUGUCGGCUGUCUUCGACCGUUGAUUAGCUCAUUGUCGGUAGAACCGAAGAACGGAAACUGUUUUUCUCCACACUUUUCCGUUCCUUCUUCUGACAUCGGCACGUCGCACGAUGGAAAUCUCGACAAUCUCCUCUCGGUUGAUAUAACGAAUCGCCAUGACUUGAACGUGAGAAGAAUGAGACAUGCGCUUAUCGCCGGAAUUUUCGCGAAAAUUUAUUAAGGAUCCCGGGAAGAUGCCCGCGAAAGUGGAUGCGGUCUCAUCCGAGAGAGAGAGAGAGAGAUGCACGAAGCGUGCCAAGCGCGCGCGAUCAAGAUUGGCAGCCGGAGUUGGCGCUAAUCCGCCCUUUCCCCUGAAAAGCUUUAAAGGGCGUAAGUUGAAGGGGAAACUUUCCGGAGGAGUGAUAAAGGAAAUUGUGCUUUCCCGCGUUGGAAGCGGCGACUACCAUCUUCCGACCGAAUACUACUGCGCGAGGCUGCAUCAGCUCCGCGUCAAUCAAAUUUCUCUCUUUCUCUCCUCUGCCUAUGGUUCCUCCGAGAUUAAUCUCGCGGAAAGUGAUUAACGAUCGAAUUUAGCGACUCGAGAGCCUGUAAAUAGGAUUUAUCGCGAUCAGCGUGAGUGAUCCGCGCGUACCCGCGUACAACGCUCGCGGGUCGUGGUGGAAAUCAAAUUCGUCUUUGGCGCGGAAAUACUCUCUUUCUCCCUCUCUCUUUUUUCCGUCUCUCGUGAAACGUUUUCAUCAAAAUCUUAUUUUUAUAUAUAAUCCAGAAGAUAUUAAGAAUAUAAAUUAAAAAUAGCAAGCUAAUCUCAAGAAACGCGUGUAAAAAGUGUUAAUUUUAAUUGAAAUUUCUUAGCUCUCGAAUGAUCUAUCUCUUCCUAGUUGCGGGAACAGUUGGAUAAUAUUUUAAUCUGUAUACGUAAGUGCAAGUUUCAUCGAAUUCUUAUCAAACUCAUAUUUCGCCUCGUAGCUUCUUCAAUCCGCGGAACACAGUUUUCAUCCCUCGCGCGCGACAUUCGACACUUCGUCGUGAACUUGCCGCUUUCGAAUGGGGUGCACGGCUCGCCAAGGAAACACAAACAAAGAGAGAGAGAGAGAGAGAGAGAGUUGGGGAUCUUUGUGAGAGCCGACACGUGCGAUUUGAAAGACCGGGGUCAACCGGCGAACGAAUGCGUCGGGCGAACGCGGGGACGUGCUUUUCUCACCAACGACAACGGAGAAAUAAUCGUGCGUACACGUUUAGUCAUAGGUGAAAACCCGUACAGUAGAAACGUAUCUGCCGAUCGUAUCAGUCGAUCUCGCAAGUAUUACGGUUGUGAAUAAUUACUGAUCCAGAGAGAAUCUCGCGGAGCGUGCAGCGUCGCUAAGGAAGCGGCGUGGUUCGCCACCGUCGAAGCGGUGCGUCGCCAUCAGGCGGCGCGAUGUUUAUAAAUAAUUUAUAAAUAACGCCGAUUCGCGAGACCCGCUGUGGUGAUGUCGCGCGCCCGGUAGCGACCGCGCAUUGUAUAAAGUCACACACUUUAAAUCGCCUCCCGAUGUAUUCACGUUGACACGCGAUUAUACACUGUCACACGCAUACACAUGCAUAUGUACAAACACGGUGGCACACCUCUGCACAACGUCCCGACGCUAUGUACUUUAACGACGAGUCCUUCGGUUUAUAUUCGCGCUUUUUCCAAGUCGCUUUUUUCCCCACGUCCGGCCCAGUUAGAUUGUUCGUUCGGCGUCGGGACUUCUUAAAUAUUCGACGCGCAAAGUGUAUCUCGGCGGCCGCAUCUCGCGCGCUUCGUCGUUCUCCUCGCGACGGAGAAGCGCGCGAAAUUAACGGAAUCAGAUUUUUCAGUUUGUUCGCAUUUACAUCCUCGUGGUUUGGGACUUUCGUGAUACCGGUGUUUCUUGCAGCGACCUCAAGAGAGAAACAGACUGUAUGUGUGUGUGUGUGUUUGCAGGCGUUUGUAUGAAACUACCUUCCGAAGUGAUAUUCCCCCCGGAUCGAAAGUGCUUCUCGAUUGUCUUCGUCGGAACUUCUCCUCUCUGGCCAUUAAGAGCAGCUUUUCGAGAGUGAAUCUCACGAGUGGACACUUAUUCUCGGUGUUACUACGCUCAAUGGAAAUACGUAUCGAUGGCGCCGAGACAUUAUGUAGACGUGUUACACGCACACAUGCAUUCACACACACACAUAUUUACUUAUACGCUAACGUGACACAGAUAUACAUACACAAAUAUACAUACACAUGUAUACAUACGCGAAAUACUCUUUAUAUGACCAGAAUACAAUUUAAAGUAUCUUUAACGAUAAACAAAUAAAUAAAUAAAUAAAAGAGGGAACAGGCGGCGGGAAGCCGCCAUCUCCUCGAGUGCCGCGCCAAACGAUGGAUUAAGGUGAACCGGUAGGAUUAUAAUAAAAUGAAAGAGGCAAGAAAUAGAUCGCGGACGGACGUACGCGACCCCGGUGUAGCCUCGACCUCGUCACCAGGGCACUCUAUAAUAAGGUUGUGAUAAGGUUGUGAGAAACACGUUCGUAGCCGUGCUACGGACGACAUAAGAUUUUUAAUUACUAGAAUAGGGAACAUUUCUUUACUCGAGACACUAACUCUAUACGAUGCAGCGUUGCCUCCUACCCAAGGGAGAAGGAAGGAACGAGAGAGCCAACACCAACCCACCAUCACGAAACCUGAUCACGCUUUUUAGACGAGUAUCGAACCUCCUUUUUCCUUUCCUUCUCAUUGUUCUACUUUUUCAAGAACGUCCUGUAAAACGCUACAAGCAGUUCCGAACUUGCACGGCUGAUAGUGUCGGAUUACAUCUUCGCCUGAGCCGUCGUGUAAAUCCCAUUUACAUAAAAACGUAACUUCUUCGUCUCCACCACCACCUCGGAGGUGCCAUCCGGUGCCGCUCGGCUUCCGCCGGGCCGCCCCGUUUUUAUCAUUCAUUCGGAACUUAAGCGACAGCUCGCGAGAAUUCGCUAAACGUACGAAUCUACCGUUAUUAUCAUGGAAAUUCAAUCUAUAUAUCCCUCUCGCUCUCUCUUCCUCCCUCUUUGGUGUCCUUUUACGAGCGCCGUACGUGUGUACACAUGCAAGGCGUGGAGGAACUUUGAUCAACGUGGGCGAUUCAACUUUAUCGGUGCUCCCGUCGCGAACGUCGUAUUCGCGGCGGUAUUUCGACGGAACGUUAAUCUCGGUCGCGACGUGUCCCCUUUCUUUCUGAUAUGAAGCGCAGCUUAUCUCCUUAUUUCGCCGCGCUCCGGAAUUUCGCACUUCGUGUUACUUUCGCGGGGAUAUUAAUAAGUGCCAAAAUAACGUUGUACUUAUAUCGCGCUUCGGGCGAACACUCGGAACGGCUUGCCUCGAAUAUUAUUUCCCUCUUCUCCAUUGGUAUCGCUUAUCGUUAUUAUCGCAUCAUCGUCCCUCUCCUCUCGCUCGUUACCCCCGUUGUUGCGCAAAAAACAAGGCGUUGGACCUUUCGUGCGUCGAUAUCCUUGGGUAGGAAUUUCAUAUGCGUAGUUUAUGACAUUAUAUUAUAUAUAUAUAUAUUGUAUAUUAUAUAUCGCAUUAACAUUAAAUAUUACGUACGUAUCGGCGAUUCGAUUCUCGACGAGCGUCUGGCGAAUCGGCGCGCGGCUCGUCGUCGACGCAGUCGCGCAGCACCUCGACUCCGUCCGUCCCGGGACUCGAGUCGAGCGAUCUCUUCUCUUCAAUAAUGAUAAAGACGAGAGUUUGGAAGAAAAAAAAAGAAAAAAAAUGGAAAAGAAUAUAUAAUUGUCAACGAUGUUCCCGACGCAACACAUUUUGACGCACGCCGCGCAACGAUUCGCGACGAUUUGGAGAGUCUCGCACGUUGUGAUCGAGCCUGGUCGCUCGAUGUGAAGAAUACAACCCGCAAGAGGAUACGUAUGAUAAAUUAAAAAAGAUAUAUAUAUAUAUAAAUAUAUAUAUACACACACACCUAGUUGGUAAAACUGAUACUCCGUUGGUUGUGAUUUACAAGUAUAGCAAUACAGAUAUACAUAUACUCAUUUCUGCGCGCGAUAAUGCAUCGCCGGCGGAGCUUUCCUCCCUCCCUCUUCCCCACCCAACCUCCAACCCCGAGUUCAGAGUUACUUCUUUCAAUGCGAACUUCUUCCGUAUCUGUAAAUCAAGAGAUAGUUCUUCGAGGAGAGAGACUCAUGGAGGAGAGAAUUCUUCUUCUCGGUCUCUCGUCCGACGGAUUUCCGCGCGAACGAAUACGAGCGGAAUGCGUAAAAAGCCGAGGAGUCAUCUGAAUGACAAUUUAUCUCGCAUCAAUAGUGAACUUUUAAUAUCGCCGGUAUACACCCGAGAUAUCGUGUCAAGGUCCUCCGAGUCGCAUUAUCCCUCCGCGCUGCGUAUAUCCUGCGUGCGGAAAAAUGUGGGUGUGCUUUAUAAGACGCGCGCGUAUGUGCGUUCGCAAAAGAGAAUCAUGUUUUAUCGCGGAGCGCGAAGCUCUGAGGGUGAACGAAAUAUUUUCAAAUUCAAGCGAAAAUAGGAAAGAGAUAUCGGUUACGAUAUAGCCUAGGAUUGUGCGGAUAUCGGCAGAAAGGGGGGAGGGGGGGGGGGGGAAGACAA